UCACAGUCAGUCAAUAAACAGACUGACAUGUAAUGAUGUAAAAUAUGAUGUAAGGAUUAUUACAGGCUCAACUUUGAUUGGUCAGUUCUGACCGGAAGUGUAACAUCAUAACAGCUUGCGCUUGUGCUCGGUUUUAAGGACAGGUGUGUGAAUAAUCCUUAUUUUCUACGGUGGGUCUCUUUUAAUUGAACAUUAUCAAAAAGGAGGUACAUAUCAAGCUUUCAAAAUGUCCAGCAAAAAGGCCAAGGGGAAGAACACUAAGAAGCGUCCUCAGCGCGCAACGUCCAAUGUGUUUGCAAUGUUUGACCAAUCACAAAUCCAGGAAUUCAAAGAGGCCUUCAACAUGAUUGACCAAAACAGAGAUGGAUUUAUUGACAAAGAAGAUCUCCACGAUAUGUUGGCCUCGUUAGGUAAAAACCCAACAGAGGAAUACUUGGAGGCAAUGAUGAACGAAGCGCCUGGACCAAUCAACUUCACAAUGUUCCUGACCAUGUUUGGAGAAAAGCUGAAUGGAACAGAUCCAGAAGACGUCAUUCGAAAUGCUUUUGCCUGCUUUGAUGAAGAAGGAACUGGUAUAAUCCAGGAGGACUAUCUGCGUGAGCUGCUGACUACAAUGGGAGACAGGUUCACAGAUGAAGAAGUGGAUGAGCUUUUCCGUGAAGCACCAAUUGACAAGAAAGGCAACUUCAACUACGUAGCAUUCACCCGCAUUUUAAAACACGGUGCAAAGGACAAAGAUGACUAACAAAAUUACAUUCACUUAAUCACUACUUAAUCUUGUAACUCUUCAUUUAUGUAUCAUUUAUUUAUGAAAUAUUGAAUGUGGUAUACCUCAUUGAGUCAUUUGUACACGCUUACUGCUGGAUCCCCUCUUUAAUCCCUCAGCUUUGAAGCAUAUUUGCACAAUUUUAAGGGUUUCACUAGAAAGUAUGUUUAAAAAGACUCACAAAUGCUGGAUAAAACUGGACUUUAUCUGAAUAGACUGUUGUGUGAUGUUAUGACUGUAUUUUAAUGAAUAAACAUCCAAUAUCAUUUAA